AUGUUCAACAAUGGAGAUACCACUCAGAUAUCUGUGACCUUGGCUCCCCUCAAGGUAGCCAAACCGUCGAGGCCACUAGUCUCAACCACCUACAACCUCUCAACAGUGCUACAAGAUCAGUCCUACCUCGGAUUCUCAGCUUCAACUGGUCCGAUCAACUCAAUGUAUUGUUUGCUUGGCUGGAGCUUGGGCAUAAACCGUCCUGCUCCGGACAUUGACAUCACCAAGCUGCCAAACCUACAUCGGAUUGGCCCCAAACCUCAGGCCAAUGUUCCAGAGAUCGUCCUGCCAAUAGCCAGUGCCACACUCAUCUUUCUUGUAGGAACAACUAUAAUACUAUUGGUGCAGAGGCGAAGGAGGUAUGCCGAGAUACACGAAGAUUGGGAGGAUGAGUAUGGGCCACACCGCUUCUCCUACAAGGAUUUAGUCCAUGCUACUCAAGGAUUUCAUGGUAAGAACUUACUUGGCCAUGGAGGAUUUGGGAAGGUGUAUAAAGGCGUGUUUCCGGUCUCUAAACUAGAGGUUGCGGUGAAGAGGGUGUCCCACGAGUCAAAGCAGGGGAUAAAGGAGUUCAUUGCCGAGAUUGUCAGUAUCGGCCAUAUCCGCCACCGCAACAUCAUCCAGUUACUAAGUUAUUGUAGGAGAAAAGGUGAACUUCUAUUGGUCUAUUACUAUAUGUCAAAUGGUAGUCUUGACCAGUACUUACAUCAUCAAGAACAGGAUGAGGAUAAACCCACUCUAGAUUGGGCUCGGAGAUUUGAAAUCAUCAAAGGCAUUGCAUCUGGCUUAUUUUGCCUUCAUGAGAGGUGGGAGAAAGUUGUCAUCCACCGAGACAUCAAAGCAAGCAAUAUGCUUCUUGAUAGUGAAAUGAAUGGGCGCCUAGGUGACUUUGGCCUUUCAAGGUUUUAUGACCAUGGCACCGAUCCACAAACAACACGCGUCGUCGGCACCAUGGGAUAUUUCGCUCCGGAGCUGGCGCGCACCGGUAAGGCAACACCUCUAACAGAUGUGUACGCAUUUGGCAUUUUCAUCCUCGAGGUAACUUGCGGACGGAGGCCAAUUAUUGACAAGGGUCAGGAGGAGGGUGAUGGUUCGGAGAUACUGAUUGACUGGGUUGUCGAGCAUUGGCGCAAACGGUCACUCACAGACACGCUACAUCAAGUUGCAGUACACUUGCACCAUGCAUUUUCAUUGUCUUUGUGCAGAGAGGACAAGAAGCAAUCAAUUAGUCAAGUUUGGAAAAAGGAAGUACUAUGUAUGUCCACCCAAAUCUCAAAAAAAAAAGCUGCAGGAGCUAUCGGUUCAGUGAAGGCUGUCCUCCAAGGAGUUAUGCCCAGCCGGGAGCAGUCUUGA